AUGAUUCUUUCUUGGGUCCUCGCAACUGCGCUCGGUGCUUUUGCCGCCGUCGCGCAAGAUACCCCAGAGCCGCAGGCCCCCAAAUUGACUUAUCUCUACACUCUCACCGCAUUGCUCAACUCAUCAAUUGAGAUUGGUACGGGAAUGUAUAGCGAUCGCAAAGCGAUUCCCAUCAUCGGCGGCAGUUUUGAUGGUCCUCGGCUUAGCGGCAAGUCGUUCCAAUGCGUUUUGCGUCUCGUCUUGAGUACUGUCCUCGAUCUUGGUGCCGACUGGGGUCUCACAGAUUCGAAGGGCGUCUUCCAUCCUGACACACGGUACAAUCUGAGGACGGAUGAUGGUGCAAAUAUUUUCAUCCAGACGAGUGGAUCGAAGCAAACGAAUGGAAAGAUUUACCUCAGACAGAUUUUUGAGACGGGCAACGAGGAUUACUAUUGGCUCAACAAUGUUGUCUCAGUGGGCGUGUUGACGUCAGGGAACGGUAGCGUAACCAUCGAAGGGUGGGUGAUGGACUUGUAA